GUGGCCACGCAGGCUUGCCUCAGGGCUGAGCAGCGCAGCGGGGUUUUGGUCAAAUUGGGAGAGGGCACACAAUAUCCACUUACCCCUUCUCACCGAGGAAGAGUGGGAGAAAGGGUAUGGCGCAGUCUCAAGGCUGGGUGAAAAGAUACGUCAAGGCCUUUUGUAAAGGCUUCUUCGUGGCGGUGCCUGUGGCAGUGACCUUCCUCGACCGGGUGGCCUGCGUGGCAAGAGUGGAGGGAGCGUCGAUGCAGCCCUCUCUGAAUCCCGGAGGGAGCCAGUCGUCCGACGUGGUGCUUUUGAACCACUGGAAAGUGAGGAAUUUCGAAGUCCAGCGUGGCGACAUCGUGUCAUUGGUUAGAAAAUUCGAAAUUACACGCGACACCCUUGGCAUGUGGGUCGGAGGGCGCUGUGUCUGGACUUUCUCCCGCCAUCCUUGGCUGCACUCCGGGAGUACAUCUAAUGUGGUGGUCUGAGGUGUGACCCUCCGGUCCGGGCGGGACCACACCGUGGUGGCUGUUACGGUGCAAGGCAGACCCCCCAAAUAGGUCAGCACUCCGUGCCAGUGAGAGUGUUGGGGUGACCACGUCCCAGAUAAAGGGAACAGGACACGCAGGAUACAGAGAGAGCAGCUUUUAUGUAUCAACCCCUCACUGUUUUCUAAUCCCUGGGCUAAUUAAUGCUUCUGCACUCACUUUUAUGUCUUGUUUAAGAAAUCCAACCACGUGGAUACUGCCGUUGCUCCUUUUUGCACACGAGAGCUCUGGGCCGCGGGGAGGUGCGGGGACUGCUGUAAGGACUCGAAGCCGGUGAAAGCUGGCGCAGAGGGCCGGGCGCCCCCCACCCAGUCCCGUGAUCCUCACCGUCACCUGGCAACGCCUCUGUGGACCGUGGCGACGGGUUGCCCGCCCGGGGACACUUACUCAUUCUCCACUCAGACGUCAGCCCAGCCCCAGCGUUGCUGCACCUUCCCAUUUCCGUACGGAAGUUUCUGAAGCCGUGGGUCCUGAAACGAAGCCUUCAUCAGUAGCAGUCACGCUUUGUCAUGAGCAUGUCAUGUGCCUGCAAUGUUGACAGCUGGUUCGGGGCUGCUGCAUUCUUGCCCCUGACAGACAGCGGGUCCCUGUGACGGCUGCACCUCUCGC